AUGUCAAAGAAAAGAGUUGCAAUUAUAGGUGCAGGAUCAUCUGGCCUUACAUCCAUCAAACAAUGUCUGGCUGAUGACCUUGAGCCAGUUUGUUUUGAAGCAACUGAUGACAUUGGUGGUCUGUGGAAUUAUACUGAGGUUACUGAAGAAAACAAAGAUCCGCAUUCAUCAAUCUGUCGAAGUACAAUCAUCAACACCAGUAAAGAAACUAUGUCUUAUUCUGAUUUUCCUAUUCCAAAUGAUUGGCCCACAUAUAUGCAUGGAAAAUUUGUAAAAAAAUAUUUCGAUUUAUAUGCAGAUAAUUUCAACUUGAAGCAAUAUAUUAAAUUUAAUACAACUGUUACCCGUGCCUCAAUUUUACCUGAUCAACGAUGGUCAGUGAGUUAUAUCAAUAAUGAAGCAGGAGAACAAUCAGAAGAGUUUGAUUUUGUGUUGGUUUGUAUUGGUCACCAUCGAUACCCAAGAUUACCAAAGUUUGAAGGAAUGGAUGUUUUCAAAGGAAAACAAUUGCAUUCACAUUUUUAUAGAUCGCCUGAAGAAUUUGCAAAUAAACGUGUUAUAGUUGUUGGUGUUGGUAAUAGUGGAAUGGAUAUUUCAGUAGAAUUAUCACAGUCAGCAUCUGAAGUUUACCUUGUUUCACGUAGAGGUACACUACCAUGGAUUUUGCCUAGAUUUGUAUCUGGUGAACCAAUUGAUCAUUUAUCAUCUAGAUUCAACAUGAUCGUCAUGCCAAACUUUGUUAGGGCUUUAUUAUUUAAAUUAAUAUUUCAUGUAUCAUUUGGUUCAUACCCAGAUGGCCUAAAGCCAAAAACACAUCCAUUCAGUAAUCAUCCUACUAUAAAAUCAGAUAUUUUUGAACGACUUAAAACUGGAACAUUGUUUGUCAAACCUAAUAUAGUCGAGAUUAAAGAUGACAAUUCAGUGGUGUUUGAUGAUGGCUCAAUUGUUGAGAAUGUUGACGCAAUAGUCUAUUGUACUGGCUAUUAUUAUAGAUUUCCAUUUUUAGACAAAGAGAUCCUUACUGGUGGUAAGGAAAUUGAGGAAGAGUUUGAGGAAGAGUUUAGAACUAAUUUGGUUUGGUUGUAUAAAUACAUGUUUCCACCAAAUGUACCAAACAUUGCGUUCAUUGGUCUAAUCCAAGCUAAUGGUGCCUUGUUUCCCAUCGGGGAACUACAAGCCCGUUAUAUAACUGCACUAAUUAAUGGUAAUGUUCCACCAUUACCAAGUACUGAAGUAAUGAAUAAGGAUGUUCGUAGACAUCUUGCCAAAAUCAAAAAAGUAUUCUAUUUGUCUGGAAGACACACAAUUGAGUGUGAAACAUUGAUAUAUAGUGAUGACAUUGCAAAACAAUUGGGUUGUAUGCCAACUCAUAUGAAAAUUAUUUGGAAGUUUGGUUUGAAAGUUUGGUGGAAAUGGGUUUUUGGAAUACCUGUUCCAGCUCAAUAUCGUUUGUUGGGAAGACAAUCAUGGGACAAUGCAGCUAAAGUUAUAUUAGAUUUAUCAAAAUAA